CCUUGCACACUCACUUUCGCGCUGGGGACUCCUUGCUCCAGUGCACUGAGCUAAUAACGCCCCGCGUUGGUUUGCAAGGGCAGCUGGCCCGGGACGAUAAAGACCAGUGACUUUUCCAGGCCUCCCUGCCGCAUGGGGCCAUGAGCAGCGGGCCAGGGGUGCUGAUGGCUCUUGGCUCAGCCAGGUCACAAUAGCUCUCAUGCCGCUGGCUGCGGGCGGAGGCAGAGUCCCGGGCGGCUGUGGAAUGAAGCGAGGCAGCCGCAGUUGUCAGUCCCGUCACUGCUGCUGGAAGAACAACGGGGGGCUCCGGUUUCUGGCGCGGCGGGCGGCGUUAACCUUUGCGGCGCGCAGCCUGCCAGCGACGGGGGCUUUUGCCCACUAGCAGCGGGCGAUGAGCGGGGCAGCCGGGCUGAGCCGCGGCCGCGGAGGGCAGGUGUGAGGGGCAGAGAGCGGCGCUCGGGCGGGGACCGCGGAGCUGGGCCAUUGUCUCCGACCAUGCGAAGCGCCCUGUGAGCCGAGCCGAGCCGCUGCUGGGAUGAGCGCCUCGGCUGCCACCGGGGUCUUCGUCCUGUCCCUCACCGCCAUCCCCGUCACUUACCUCUUCAACUUCUUAGCCGCCAGCAGCAGUUCCUGGGCAAUUGUAGCAGUUGGAUUCCUGAUUCUGAUUUUCGUUGCUCUAGUAGCCUGUACUCUGGUCAAAAGGAAACCUCCAAAAGACCCACUUUUUUAUGUUUAUGCCGUAUUUGCUUUUACCAGUGUAGUGAACCUUAUAAUAGGACUUGAACAGGAUGGAAUUAUUGAUGGAUUCAUGACCUACUACUUGAAAGAGGGCGAGCCUCAUCUGAACACUGCAUAUGGCCAUGUGAUCUGCUAUUGGGAUGGUUCUGCGCAUUAUCUGAUGUAUCUUUUAAUGGUGGCAGCUAUUUCGUGGGAAGAAAGUUACAGAACCAUUGGCCUAUACUGGUUAGGAUCCAUUGUCAUGAGCAUUAUUGUCUUUAUGCCUGGAACUAUUGUGGGUAAAUAUGGAGCAAGAAUGUGUCCUGCUUCUUUCUUAAAUGUACCAUAUAUUUGUCUUCCUAUAUGGGCUGGGUUCAGAAUCUAUAAUCAUCCUUCAGUGACUUACAAUACUCCCAUCAAGGUGGUUCAGAAAGUCCAGAAGAAAGGACUCCUGAGAAGACCACUAGAUCUAAUGCUGGCUAUAUAUCUCAUCCUCGCAACUGGGUUUUGCAUAUUUAGGGGCAUGAUUGCUUUGGAUUGCCCUGCUGAACUCUGCCGGUUAUAUAUUCAACUUCACGAGCCCUAUAUCAAGGAUCCUGCUGCUUAUCCUAAACUUCAGAUGCUGACGUACAUGUUCUACUCUGUGCCUUAUUAUAUGAUCGCACUAUAUGGCCUGUUGGUGCCUGGUUGUUCUUGGAUGCCUGACUUAACCCUUAUACAUGCUGGAGGACUAGCCCAGGCUCAGUUUUCCCAUAUUGGUGCUUCUCUUCAUGCUCGAACGCCUUACAUCUACAGAGUCCCCGAAGAGGCAAAAUUCUAUUUUCUAGUACUGAACAUAGUGUAUGGAAUCCUUCCCCAACUGCUGGCUUAUAGGUGUGUCAACAAACCAGAGUUUUUUAUGAAAGCAAAAGAAGAAGAAAAAGCUCAAUAGAAAGAUUGCUCUCACCUCUUCUUUUUUGCUAUGUAUAUAAUUGUUUUUUGAGGUAACUGGACUCUCUUAUAGACUCCAAAUGAUAUGUGGUUUAUCAAAAACGUGUAAGAUUGCCCAGUCCACUUUGUGUAUCAUUACUGUAAAGAGAGAAAAUAAAGGCAAUUGCCUUCAGUUAACACUU